GGAACCCCCGGUCCGACACUCCGGUGUGUCCAGUCGUUGCUGAGGGGAAGAUGGUGGACUUAGCGACAGUAGCGUGCUCGAAACUCCGCCCAAAACAUUUCGGAAAAGACUUACUUUCUCAACCUAGUAUAAGAUAUAGAUUACCUGGAGACAAUUAUAGAUAAUACUUAUUGAAACCCGAUUUGGAAAGGUUCUCCCUAUCGCCAGUGAACUAUUUAUUUAAGAGUGAAGAAAGCGGGGAGUUGGCGGAGGAACGUGGUUCGUUCUCACGGAGGACGCUAAUCAGCAUCAGCCAAAGUGUCAACACAAGUGUGAAAGAAGGAACUCCGGGACCUUUUCAUUCUGUUGUCAGGUUAAACAACGGAGACAUCUCGCCUUCUGGUGCUGCUGCUGCCUUGACACCAGCUGUCAUAUCUGCGAGGAUCCCGUUUGACAGUUGCUAACUUUAGCUAGCUAACUUCUGCUAGCUUUGUUGUGUAUCAGAGCGCGUCCAAAAUGCCUCGGAGUAAAAAGGGGAAACGUGGCUCUAGCAAGCCGGGUAAGUAGCAGUAGCGGCAAUGCUAACCCACCAGUGAGGUCCUAACAGAAAUCCAGAAGUAAUGUCCUAAACGUGCUACACGUUUUAGUGCCACACCUUAAGCGUUAAGCCUGUAGCUGACAUGAUAAUGGUGCGAGACCGCUUGUUGCUCCUUUUGACUCUCAUUUUAGUUUAGUCGCUAAGGACGGCCAUGUGGUUUAUGAUCACCGCCAGGCUGCAUGUGUAUUUCACAGUUUUGCUGAAGCCACCACUUCUAAUAUUGUAGAAACGUAGGGGCAUCUAAGAAUAAUCAAAGUAUUUUGCAUACUAAUGUGAGCUAUUUUUUUUCGCCAACUUUCAGGACCAUGGCUAGCUGAAGCUCACCUUGCAGGUUUAAGGUUUUGAGCAUGGUAUUUUUAGCAGCAAUUACUAGUGGCAUGCUGUGUAGACGAAACCUGUGCUGACCAGGGCCAACCCCUGCAACAUGUUUUCAGUCAAUUUACACUCGCAUUGAGUCUGUUCACCUCGCUUCUCAUAGUUAAACUUCAGUCACAGGCUGCUACACGUUUUUAUCAAUGUACAGUAGUGGUGCGGACUAUGCAUGUGCCUGCAGGGGUGUUAGAGCCCCCUCACGUUUUAUGGAGUGACGUUUCAAGGAAGAAAACACGUGCCAGUUCCUGAAUUAACACUAACACAUUUUUAUGAAAUGUAGAUUUCUGCUGCAGAUACAGACAAAUAAUGAAAUUAACUUGGCAGCUGAUCCAUUGCAGCAUCAACUCUGGUGUUAAUAUUUUGCAUUAGUUUGUUGUAAGGUUCCUAAGAUGUGCAGUUUUGUUACAUUUUUAUCAAUUUUUUUUUACAAUGCAAAGUUUAAUGAAACACAGUGCUUGGUCCUAAUGUUUUUUUCUCCAUCAUAAUGCUCAUUUUUCAUUCAUUCAUUCAUUCAUUCAAUCAUUCAUUCAUUCAUUCAUUCAUUUGCCCACCACUCCCCCACAUUCUGUUCCCCCUUCAUUUUCAUACAACCAUUGAUUUUUCAUUCAAACGUCACCACCAGGCUCUCUUCGUCAGGAGGUUCUUCAGCUUCAGCUGUCGGCUAAAGCGCUGAAAGGUAACUCCUCUGACCCUUGGCCCCUGACCCCAGAUUUGUGUCCCACUAAAGGCUUGUUCGGAAACUUUUUGAACCUCCUUUGCAGUGCAUGUGGUAAAUCCCCCAACCAUUCCUAUGUCAAAGUCACCAAGUUGAUAUACCCUCUCACACCUUUCCUGGCCAGGCUGCUGAUUAAUGAUUUGUCUCAGGGCUUCAGAAGUACUAACUACAUUGCUGGUACUGGUGCACAGAGCUUUCCUAUUGUAGCACUCAAAUCCAUGCUGAUUUUGGUCAUACAUCUUGGUACAGCUUGGCAAUGCAAUAAACCAUGUAUUUAAGAAGGAUUGAAUAGAGUUAACCAUCAGUAAAAUCAAGCCCUCUUGUUGGUAACCUACUGUGGUAUACCAGCUUGGUUUAAUAGGAAGGCUUAGUAAACUGGAAACCCAGCUCCACACCAUGGGAACUCACUUGUUUGUGGUGGAGCUGGGAAGGCUUAGUGGUUUUGUGUCCAAUGAUUCUGAGAAAACAACAGUUCACCAUCAGAAGUUUUCGAACUGUUUUCAUAACUGUUUUCCAGAUUGUACAUGCGAAAAUUAUUUAAGUGCCCGGGUGCCACCAAAAAAGCCCUGUGACCAGCCAGUCCUCACACAUGACACUUUUGAAAACAAUAUGCUAAUACGCUACUAUGACGCUACAAUUGAUGGCUGCUUCAAUGACAAAUGGGAUUUAAAUUGAAGUUUAUAUUGAUCUUAUUUUCUCAUCUCUCCAUGCGCUUGGCUGGAGUCUGUAAAUAGGGAAACAAACCAAAAGGCUCAGAUCAAGCUCCACAACCUUUUCCCAGUCAAUAAUUAACCUAUAGAGUUUGUGCAGUGCAAUCCUACCCCAUGCCUGCUGGCUGCUCUACUUUUUCUGCAUCCUCGCCCAUGUAUGUAAUGUAGACAUACCAUGGCAGUGUGAAGAGUUGCUUUCUGAGUUGAAACUAAUUACCCAUUGGAAGCAGAUGCUCCAUAUUACACCUUGUUGCUCAACUGCAAGUCUUUUGGCUUGGCAAAAAGAACUGAGUGUUGUAUCAUCAGUUUUGUUGAAAUCUCUUCAACCAUCCCUCUGUUUUUAGCUGACAGUCAGUAAUGUCCAGAGGGUCUCUGCUUAUUUCUCCCCUUUGGGUACAUCUGAAGUUUGUGUGGCAGUCUUUCAUACUUUUUCAAAUCCCCACACUAUAUGAAAAACUACAGCUUUCAAAUCUCAUGUUGGCUUACUCCUGUAAGGUUCAAUUAUUUGAAAAACUUUUUAAAAAUAUGUUAUCGUGAGAAAGAAAUACAUUUUGGACAAAAUAUCAUUAGAUCUCAUAAGGCAUCAGCGUACUGGUUUAUUAACCUUCAAGGCGUUUUUUUUUUUUUUUUUGACUGAAAUCUAAAAGUCUGUGUAAGGUGUAGUUCCAGUAGGGUGUGUUUCAGCUUUAAAAGGACAAGAACCAAUGAAAAUGACAAGCAUAAACUGUCGUGAGAGUGAUGUCCCCAAGGAGACCUCAGCAGAAUUCUUGUAAAGAGAGCUCAUGUUAAUUUAGUCUUGUAUUUUAAGCUCCUCAUAGCUGGCCAUGGCCAGAGGAGUCAAACGACUCCCCUCCCUUUUGGCAAAGCGUUAUGAUUCGUCCAUCUGCAGUCUCCCCUCCACUGAGACUGACUGACUGGCUGCUGAAGCUGUGUUAGUUAUUGCUAUGUAAGCAUAAAGUAGCAAAGUGGAGACGACACGUGAGUGGUGGCAGGGAGCUCACACACCAUAACUGAGCUGUGUGUGGGCAGGACUGCGUGGGAAGGUGUGUAGCUGUGUGUUUCUGUAUGUGUGUGUUGGAGCUUGGGAGUAGCCUGUAGUUCAAGGAUGAUGGCUGGGAAAUUACUGGCUGAUACAGGCGGUAAUGGUUGCGCUGUGAACAGUAGCUUAUUGAGCGUGAGAGCCUCCUGGCUGUUCUGCCAGGGUAAAUAGAAUAUUGCAUAAGAAAAGCAGUCUUACCAAGGCCAUAGUCAGGUUUAUCUUUUAAACUGUUAAACGCAACAUGUUGGAUGAGAUGUACUAUAAUGUUGAAUUAACAUCACUCAGUAUGUAACUGCUUGUUUUUCUAAACUUAUGUCAUCACAGACAGACUGUGACUGCAGAGGCUGGGCUGCUUUGAUAUGUUUGAUUUCCCAGAGAGCAGCUGUUUCUCCAGAAACAACAACUUGGAGAGAUUUCCUCGUCAGCCUCAUUUCCAUGUUGACAAAAGACUGCAAAUGCUAAAAUGGUCCCAUGGUCAAAACAAAGCAUCGCUCAGCAUUUGUGAUCAAUAAUAACACUUGAAAUAUAUCACUGGCAGCAACAGUAAGAUCUGUUGGUAAAAACAACGUUGAGGAAAAGGUUUAUAACUGCCAGCUGUCACUCACCACCAAAACAGAGACAUCAAACAGAUAAUAUUACUACUAGGGGUGGGCGAAUUACUACAUGGUCAUUGACCAUGUAUUGAUUUUUUCAAAUUAAUUGUUAAUACAAAGUCAGAUCUAUGAUAAUAGAAAAAAAUUAACUGUUUGUCCAGUGAGGUUGGCAGAGGUGACAUCAUAGAGCAGGAGAAAGUUAGUGCAACAAAUAUAUUUAAGGUUUGCAAGAAGUGCUACAUGAAAAUAAAAUACUGUGUAAAUAAGACAAACAUAAAGGAAAGACAAAUGCCAAAUUAGCUAAACAGUUGAAAAAUUGUAUAAAUCACAAUAUAUUGUAUCCCAAUACUCACUGUAUUUCAAAUGUUAAAAAUCACAAUAAUAUCGUAUUGUGGCCCAAGUAAUCGUGGGGCCACUAGUGAUACCCACCCCUAAUUACUACUAGUAGUAGUUUACUAUUACUACUACUAAUACUACAGAUACUGCCAAUAAUAUGUGGUGUCCAGUAUAAUGCCCUAGGAAAGAAAAAGAUGGACUCACGGUGUGCGUGUGAAUAUGUGAAUAAAAAAACUGGUUGAAUUAAUGCCUUUCACCAGAACUUUCAUCCACCCUAGACUCCACGUUAUUUUAUUUUUUAUGGUGUUAAAAACAGAUAUAAGGGUUUUGUUUGAAAAUCUCGCCACAUUAAAUUCUUUUUAAAAGUGACAGUGAAAACAAACGCAUGAUAUUGAACUCAGCAUUUAAUUCAAAUGUGUUAAAGACAACAAACCACCCUGUCUCAUCUAAUUAGUUUGUUUUAUCAUCAGUGACAAUGAAAGGUUUGGUCUUAUCCUAAAAAGUGGUGUCAGAGUCUUCAGACAACUUUCUUCUGCGUACUGUAAACCGUAUCUAACACCUAACCCCUUACAAUGAUGAUUUCAACAUGUCAGGUUCUUAACACUGGGUCGGUUUGUUUUGGAUAACUUUUCUUUGGGGGGGGGUUCAGGUUUCACGUUUCACAUUCUGGGCAUGCGUUAUCUGCAUUUGAGUUCUGUUCUUACAUUUUGGUAUCACCCACAGCUGAAUGAUAUCAGAGAGUGUGCUGCUGGAAUAGUUGAAGUUUUACAGCACACGUAUGUGAUGGAUGUAACUGAUGCAGAGUGAAACAUGAAAAUAAUGAGCGAGUGUUUUCAUGCAGGAAGUAACUCUCUAUUAAAAUAUCCACGUUAUAAUACUACAUUCCUACAGUGACCUCAGCGUUACCUUAGCUGCCCUGGUUUACCCAGUUUAUACGCACUCGUGCACAUGCUGUCUGACCCUUCUGGAUCAUACACACCCAGUGAAAGAAUAAAUGAAUGGUCUCUCUGGUCUCCAAUGAUCCCACCAACAGUGGAAAGUCCUGAGCCAGCAGGAAUCUGAGGGUUAGCUUAGCUUAGCCUCCCCUGCCUGAUCUGCUCAGACCCUGCUCUACCAACUGUCCCAAUCCUUUUCUCACUCUCUCUCUCACACACACACACACACACACACACAUACACACAGAAAAGUGGUGUUGAAACAUUAAACACUAUUCACCUCUAUGUGCAAAUAUAAACAAAAAAUGACGCAAAUCACCACAGAGAAUGGCAGCUAUUGUGUGAAACAUAUGUCAGUAUACUGGAGAGUAGUCAAAGUAUAAAAAGCAUGGUUGUCUAAUAGGCUGUAUAUUUCAGUCUUUAUUUCCACGUCCAUGCCCAAAAUGUUUCAUGAGUUAAGUUACCCAAGAUAAAAGUUAGACAAGUUCAACAUAAGUUCCUUAAUCCCUAACGUGAGGGUCUGAGUGUGUAAGUGUGUGUCUGUGGAUGGGGGAACCACUGGUCUAAAGUUACUGACGGUAAGAGACAGCUGAGCAGAGGAAGCCUGCAAUCAGCUUCCAUGAACCUGUCAUCAGCUCUGCGAUACAUUCUCCGUCUAAAUAAGGGUAAAUUCUUGUCUUUGUAUUGUUCUGUCAAAAUAAACCAGAGGUGAGAUAAGAGGGUAAGCAUGGUUGUUGAGCCCAGACGGCUAGUUCUGAGUCAUGAAGCUGGCCCUCUUCUAACCUGGUUGAGACCAGGUGUUCAGAGUUACAGCUGUCAUUUCAUCAGUUCAUGUCUGCUGAUGUCUUCUGCAGGUAGUAUAGAUCACCAGCUGAUGUAGUGUGAUCAUAUUUUGAACUCUAAUGUCAAGUUUUUAAUCAAACAGAACAAAGACAUGCAUUGAACUUGCACCAUGUGCGUCAUGUGAGCUCUUCUAUGCAUUCAGACUACUUCAGUUUAAUUCUCUUAGUCAUGAGUAUGAUCUUCCCUUCUCUACUUAAUGUGUUAAAAUUAACCCUUUACAUUUCAUCUCACAUUUGACAUUAGCCUGAAAGCAGGUGACUCCACAGCAGAGACCGGCUGCUUAAUUUUCAACAACAUAACGUGCAAUAGUUUUGUUGAUCUGUCCCUGGCUUACAGUCCGGUUAUAAUCCAGUCGCUGUUGUUUCGGUGGAGGGCCUUGACUUACUUCGAGUGUGUCCUCUGGCUAGCUUCGAACUUUGUCGAGGCAUGUUGCUUGUGGAGGUGUUUUGACAGAUUGGAGUUGCUGUUUGUCGCAGUAGAUAGGACCUUCGAGCUAGAAAUACACAGCUUACAUUUGACUGAAAUGUUUUUGUCUUUAUGCUCAACUAAAGUGAAAUAAUGACCGUAUUUCCACUUUGAGAAACUCAUCUUGCUCUUGACUUAACUCUCCAUGACUGCCGCACGUUUGCAUAAACCGAAACACGCCCACAAUGUGUCUUCUUCGUUUCUUUCACGGCGAUUGGCUGGCACCCAGCAAUCCAUUGUAAACAGGAAAAAGUACACUGCAGCUAGCCAACAAUGUUACUUCUUCUCCGGUCAUUUAUCAAGUAAUGGACAAACGCACCAUAUUGUAAUGGUAACUGAGUUUAUAUAUUGAAAAAAGUAAUGCGUUAGAGUAUCAGUUAGUGUCAAAACACUGGUGACGAGCCAGAUGACUCAUCAGAGCUUGUUUUUGUUGUUUGCAAGUACAUCCAAUAAGUCUAUCCCGUGUAGCCUUAAAUGCACUAAUAUGUGGUAUUCUAGUGUAAGAUGUGUCUACUAUUUCGUCCACUUACUUGUAUUGUAAUUUGCUGAGGCAUAUGACAGAGGACUCUGCAAAAUUUUAGACAAUGGAGGAAGGAAGAAACUUUUGUUUUUGAAUAUUAUUGGUGCCUUUGGAAAUCAAGUCUUACAUAAAGUUUUGUCCCUUUGCCACCCAUUGUGCUCUUCUCACCUGAGCUGUUUUUAAUACUCUGACACGCUAGCUCGGAGCAGCUGUCAGCAAAAUGACAGUCCUCACCAUACCUGUUUUCACUCAUAGGCUCAGCAGAGUAAUUGAAAUCACCCCUUGCUCAGCAGCAGUAAUUCAGCACACACGACUGCUCUUAAAAAAAAGUUUACAAACAGAUUAACUCGUCCCGAACACUUUUAGUUGUGAGUCCCGAGUUUAGUCAUUACUGAGUUAUCUUCCUUCCCCUCUUUGUUCCAAAAUACAUUUCACACUUUUCCUUUUUGUAUGACCUACUUUGAACUUAACUGCUUCUCCGUCGUACUAAUUUCUUAUGUGUCUUUUAAACUCUAGGUGUGAAGAAUGGGGUGAAGGGAGAGAUGGGUGCCAGCGACGAUGAGCUGACAUCUGAUGUUGUCAGCCACUACAGCAGUGCCAGUGAGACUGCCUCUGUAAUGGAUGAGGGGACAGGUUUGUAUAUCUCACAAGAAUCAGUAGCCAUGUUUACGUGGGCAAAAUUUCUUGAUCCUUUUAAAAAUUUGAGGGAUCAGAAAAUCUGAAUCCACUGUUAAUAUGGGUGCAAAAUCAAAUAAUCUGAUCAUUACAUGCGUAUACAUGCACCAAGCUUUAUUCAGAGUAGAAGCAUUUAGAUAUGCACAGUGUUGUCUAAUUUUGCUAAAAAUUGACGCAACAAACCAACAAACGCGGUAGUGCCUCACUCCAUCCAAUUCAGGAUUUCCCCCCCUGUUAAAUGUUGUUACUAGGUGGCGCCCUUGCUCACUUAUUUUAAUGUUCUGUCAAAGGUUGUACUGUGUGAGCAGAUUUGACAUUAUUACACUGUAUGUACACCUUGUUAUGUUAUUGGAGGAGCAGACACGGUACCUGCGGUUGUGUUUUAUGCCAGAGUGUUAAUAAUGGAACCUCCUGAACUGGCCUCAGUAAAUAAAGAGUGAAGACCAAGUCAAGUAAGAGAGUCAUGAUGGGAAUAAAUGUUUACAUGGACGCGUUUCGGAAUAACAAUCGGCAUAAACCAUCCCUCUUGAUGGAAAUACAGUUUCUUUCCUAUUCAGCCAAAUUGGAUGAGAAUCUUCCGAUCAACAUGUUUACGUGAUGCUUUUUUAUUCUGAUCGGGCCUUUAUUCUGAUUAUUUGUGCCCAUGUAAAUGCAGCUAUUGACCUGUUGCACCAGCUUUGUGUUAGUUAGGGUGUAAAGUCUGUCAAACCAUGAGUUGAAAUAUAAUAGCGUGAAACAUAAACUGUGUUAUAUUAAGGUGAAAUCAUGUGCUGAAUUCUUAGCCCACAAUAUACAGUGACAUCUAAUGAAAUGAUUUCUGCCCGUGUAUAUCUGAGUCAAUUUACAUUUCAAAGGGAGCAAGAAAUCAAAGAGCAUACCAAAGAUGCCACACUGCCAGUAAAAUUUUCAGCAUCUCUUCAUUAUCCAGGCGAGCCCAUCCUUCAGAAUGAUGCACCAAGACAACAGGACUGCACACCUACUCAGAACAAGGUGUACAAUUUUAGAUGCAACUAAUGCUAAAUUAGGCCGAUGCAAUCCCUUAAUUAUAAAGAGUUUUAAAAACUUGAUUCUAAAUCAGAAAUUUCAUCGAGUUCAAAGUACCCUGGUACAACACAGUGCAGAUUUGAACUGGAGAACAGCUAAAGCACAGCUCUCUUUUUCCAUGGUGAUAAAUGCAGCAUACAUAUGUUAGCUUUUAGUUUGGGUCCUGCAAACUCCGAUAGGUUAAAUUAAAUUUGGUUGCUUUCUUCUGCGUGUUGGUAAACUUAGGAGGUGAGCAAGUGGAUGAGCAGACUGCCCAGGAGGAAACAGAGGACAAGCUUAAGCAGUGUAUAGACAACCUUAUGGACAAAAGGUUAGUUGUUUUGUUAGUCUGAUCUAUCAGUAAAUGUUAGAAAUAUAACAAAGACAAAAACAUGUCACCUGGUUAUACACGACUGUUGCUGUACCUUGUAUCUGUGUCUUUCAGCUCAAAGACACGUCUAGCAGGUCUCGAGUCAUUACGACAGGCCUUCUCCUCCAGACUGCUGUACGAAUUUCUGACGGAGAGACGCCUCACUGUCAGUGACUGCCUGGAAAGGAGCCUUAAAAAAGGUGAGGCUAGAUGUCAAUUUGUUAAUGUGUGUUGGAGGAAAACAAAGUUUGCCUUAAUGUUCUUCAUGAUUGCCGUGACUUAAAAACAAUGAACUCUCUGCUCCCUGUAGGCAGCAGUGAAGAGCAGGCAGCAGCAGCCACAGUCUUCACCUUGCUCUGUAUACAGCUGGGAGGUGGAGAUGAGGCAGAGGAAGGCUUCAAGAUGCUUCGUCCAAUCCUCACCGCCCUUCUUAUGGACAACAGUGCCAGCAUAACAGCCCGUCAGAGCGUGAGUGAUCGCAUAAGACUUUCCAAAUGGAGGGGAUGUAGAUUAUUCUUUGGUUGUAGGGGUACAAAAGAUGUGUAAAAAAGGCAAGAAGUAAAAGUAACUUGCAUGUCAAUUUGAAUAUGCUAUAUGUAUGGUUGAUGGCACAGGCACCUCAGGAAGGGAAAGCAGGGCUUGGCUCUGGCUGUCCUCAGCAGGGGUGGAGAACUGCUGACCCAAAGCAGGGAUAUUGUCAUGUGGUGGAAGGAACACUUUGAGAAACUCCUUAAUCCAACUGACAUGUCUUAUGAGAAGGGACAGAGUCGGAAAACCUAGGGGAAGCCUCUUCCAUCUCAUUGGCAGAGGUCAUCAAAAAUCCUCUGCAAGGCACUAGGAGUGAUUGAAAUAUGCCCUGAGAUGCUGAGAACUCUGUACAUUGUUGGGCUGUUGUGGCUGACACAACGUCAUGUGAACGUCUGGGGGGGGGGGGGGGGGUUCUGUGGGCCAUCUAAUCCCUGUAUGUCACUGAUCCUGUUGGUGAUUUUCAUGGACAGGAGCUCAAAGCGCAGUUGAUGAAGGAGAGUCUACAGUUAUUUGAGAGCCUCAGUGUUCCAUCUCUGUUAUUUGCACACAAUGUGGUUCUGUUGGCUUCUUCAGGCUGGGACCUCGAAUAGGCAUUAGGGUGGUUUACAGCUGGGAUGAGAGUCAGCACCUCCAAAUCACCUCCCCACCCAGAGUGAAAAAUCUAGGGCAAAGCAGACUGUGAGAUUGACAGGUGGAUUAGGGUUGUGUCGGCAAUACUAUGGGCAUGGCAUUAAACUAUUGGGGUGAAAAGAGAGCUAACCCGGAUGGCAGGGGUGGGUGGGCUAAGACUUACAGAUACGGUUCGAAGCUUGGACAGCUCGAAGUAGAGCCAACGUACCUUUGCAUCAAAAGGAGUCAAGAGUAGGUGAGCAGACAUGAGCGAACUUCUGUAAGUCGUAUCUCUCAGUCAGCAACACCCUAGCUCUUUCUCUUCUGCUUUUGUCUACGCAUAACAAGCAAGUGCAAGCAAGUACCCAUGGUCUCAUAAACAUGUGUGCCUCUUAUCAAACUUAGUCCAGACAGUAUUACCCCUCUAUUACACAAAAUCAAGAUCCCAAUAUAUGGUGAAAUAAAGUCCCCUCUUCACUGUGAUGUGUGUAUGAGUAAUUUAUCACAUUCUGGAUGAAAUGUUCAUGUUCUUUAUGAUUUUAAUUAGUGCAUACAAAAACUUAGGUAAAUCCAGUAUUGUCAGACUACAUAUAGAGCACCUGGAUACAGCUACUGCUUUUUGAGUUCUGUAGAGCUACAAUAGUUUAGAAACAUGAGAUAAAGCAAAAGCUCUAUGUGUAUAAUUUGUUUAAAAGAGUGCAUUUAUCUCUGUGUGUCAAGGUUACAGGUGAGACUGAAAUAGAUUUUAAGAAAUAACACAUAAAAGAGAGUAGCAUGGCAUGACAGUUUUACCCCUGUUCUUGUUUGUUCUUGUUUGCUUGUUUAACUCUCCAUGCAUCUCUCUCCAUCAGUGCGCCAGAGCUUUGGGGAUGUGCUGUUACGUCUCUGCUGCUGAAGAUGGGGAGGUGAGAACUGUUUCCCUCGUGAGAACUGGGAAUCCUUGUAGGUCUUGCAGGAAAAUAUUGGUGUUGAAGGAACCCAAGGGUCUUGUGUAUGUUGGUGUCAGAGAUGUUAACCAUGGGGGUUUUUCCUCUUUGAUUGCUCAUUAUAUUUUUCUGUAUCUUCCCCAGGACUUGAUCAAGUCUUUGGCCCUUCUGGAGAGCCUGUUUAUGUCUUCCUACCCCAACAGAGAGGGAACGCUACCAACACCCAAACCCGGCAGUCCAGGCCUCCACUGUGCCGCCCUGCAGGCCUGGUCAUUGCUGGUCACACUCUGUCCAGCAUCUCGACUCACUGUGCUACUUGACCUGUGAGUUGUAUAAACUCUGUUCGUAAGAUAUUUACAAAUUGCUGCUUGUUCUCUGCCAGAACAAACUUUCAGCUGAAGGGUAAUUCAUUUGAUUUGACCUUGGUAGACAAGCUUGGGAAUUUAACAGCUACAGAAAUAACUCAAGUCGUAUGUUUAUUUAUUUAUUUAUUUUUUCAAGUACAGAUUAGGAGCCCCAGGCUGAUGCUCCAUAUGUUUUUCUGCGAUGAGUAAAUUCUUAACUUAUUUUUUGUUAUCUUGACACACAAAACUGGUUUUCCUAUGAUGGCAUAAUAAGACAUUAACCCCUCGAAAUGGGGAAACCAGCAAUGUUGUCCUGGGAAAACAACAAAAUUUAGUCAAAACAAGCAAUGUUAUUCCCAAACGCCGCAAGAAAGAGGUGGAGAUCUUCAGAGACACAACUGUAAAUAGCUUAUUCUGAUUAAAAACCAGCAUUGGUGACUGGUGCUGUAACCUACAGUAAUUCCACUUUUCUUCUCUCUUUUGUUGCCCUCAAUGUAGUCACCUCCCUAAGUUACAGGCGUGUCUGCAGAGCAGUGACGUCAACUACAGAAUUGCUGUGGGGGAAACUAUUGCUCUGCUGGUUGAGCUGGGGAGAGAUAUAGAUGAGGUAAACAGUCUUAAGUCUUUUGGUGCAGCUUUCAUGGACAUGCACACUCUCCUCAUGCAUUGGAUGUCAUGUUUUUCUGCUACAUUCAUGUCACUGAUGUGUGCAGGACUUCGAGGUGGAGGACAGUGAAAGCCUGUGUCAGUGUCUGAAGAGUUUAGCCACAGAUGGCAACAAACACAGAGCCAAGAACGACAGACGGAAACAACGGUCCAUCUUCAGAGAAGUGCUUCAUUAUAUCGAGGUAUGUCAUCCGUCUGUAUGGUUGUGCACUGAUCUUGGCUGAUUUUUGUAUGUCUGCAUGUUUCAGGCUUUCACUCUUUGAUGUCUACCUUUCUUACCUACAGAAUGAGGACUUCACAGAAGAGAAGAUCAGGUUUGGAGUAGAGAGUGUUUACAUCGACAGCUGGAUGAGGAGAAGGAUCUAUGAUGCCUUUAAAGAGAUCCUGGAGUCGGGAGUAAGACACCACUUACAGGUCAGGAAACUUGAACAUACUCCAGAUAAAAGCUUUUUUCUUGCAGUUAUAUGUUAUGUUUAGUAUAUGGGAAUCCUUGUGACAGGUUUGCCCUAAAUCUCAUUUAGGGGAGUUUUUCAGACACUGAGAAAGCUGUGUUCAGGAUGAGGGAUCACUUGGUAUAAAACUCUAUUUCCUGAACUUGUUUAAUGUCUGUGAGCUGAUCAUGAGAGGAAAAGAAGGAGGGAGAGAGACCUACAGAUAGUUUGCCUACUCGUAUGAUUUGGUACAUCAAGUUCUCUGCUAGUUGUUCAGCCUCAAUUUCCUGUAUACCAGGCUAAGUUUUAAAUUCGUGGACCCCCUGUCUACUGAUGUCAGACUCCUGGGUUGAGUCACCAAGCUGGUGACCAGCAUUGUGUGACUGCUAAGUAGUAUUAGCCUGAUGUACAUAUGCUCUAUAACGUGAAGUGAUCAUUUGAUCUCAAACUACUAGAGAGUUUAUGUGCAUAGCCAGAUUUUUCUUGUUAAUCAACCUUCUUGAUCUGAGUGUGUUUUUAUGUUUUUUGUUUAGUUGAACCCACUGCUAAGAGACAUCUUCGGCCUCGGCGCUCCCCUCAUUCUGGAUGCAGCUGUUAAAGGCAACAAGAUUUCUAGAUUCGAGAAGGUAACAGCAGCUCCUUUCUUAUUAAACCCGGCCUUGAAUCAUCUGAUUUGGAUGAUUAUUUAUUCUGUAUUUUCUCCCUUGUCAUGUAAUCGUGCUGCAUUCCUGAUGUGAAAUUUCAGCAAACAAGUGCCACGAUAUAAAAAAAAAGGAAUCCUGUGUGAAUGUGGUUUAAUUAGUCUGAAUCUUUCUGCACUCAUCUAUUGUAUCUUUUUCCUUUAACAGCAUCUUUUCAACUCAGCCGCCUUCAAGGCCAGGACGAAACAAAGGAACAAAGUCAGGGACAAACGGGCUGACGUCAUGUAGUAGAAGGAUGAGGACAGAGUCAAUCAGUGGAGGAUCUCCCGGGACUUAAAUAAAACCGAUUCAAAAUGAAGCCUUCAACACGUCAAUUGUUGACACACCGAGAUGUGAUGGACUACGAACAGGGCUUUUUCACUUGUGCUGUUCACCUGCAAAAAAAAACUUUUCUUGGUUCAAUAUAGCAAACAUUUAUUCCUAUAGUCUUUGACCCAGCAGGAUUUGCUUUUUACUCAUUUUUGACACAAAGUGAUGUGAAAAUGCUCCCAAAGUAAAGUAGGAAGAAUUCCUUCAAGAGUCAAAUAUCCGGAAACUGUAGGAUGCAUUUUAGAUUUAUAAAAUCCUUCAUUGUUAUGAUCACUGAAACCCUCUAUGGUGCUAAUGAGUAUUGGUCUAGUACUCAGCUCAAACUGCUGUCCUGUGUCUUUUUAAUCCACAUUUAUAACUACGGUUUCUACACAGUGUUAAGCCACCUUAACUGAGCAGAGCAGGUCCUUGUUGAUAUUUUAGCAUCAACUUCAACCCAACCACAGCCCUGAAAUAUUCUGGAAACACUCUCCUCAAACCUCCCCUUCCCUCCCCUAGCUGCCAAACCAGAAACUUAAUACACAAACAAUGCAACCUAAAAUAAACGGUGUGGUGUUUGCAUGAGUGUGUUUUAUCAGAAUUUAUUUAACAUCAUAAAUAAAGCCUAUAGAAAUAAGAGUGAAAAAGAAGAUUCCUGUGGAGAUAAAAUCAAAUCAAAGAGUUCAUAUGACAGGAAAGAUUAAAUAUUGUCAUUUUUCUAUGAAUAUUUUUUUGGAGAGGGGAAAAUAUGUUUUAACCACUUAUGGUGGAUAACUGUAUUUUACUUUCUAAUUUAUUAAAAGAGCAGUGCUGUGUGAUUUUUAUGAAAUGUAAAAUUGCUAAGAACUGUUUACAGAUACAACUAUGGGAUAAGACAUAAAAAUUUAUCGAUUUGUGUAUUUUUAACACAGAUCAGUGGAUCAUGUGUGUGGAUUGCAGGUAGAAUGUACAAAGGGAUUAAUGGUAAAAUGUAUACUUGAAUUGUGAGAGCGUUUAAAUGAUUGACCCUCUGGCAAACUGAAUAUACUUUACAGACCAUGAUGUAAAGCGACUGAUCAGAACAGCUUGGUGAUAUUUGUGGUAAUUAUGUUUGCCUUUGAAUUCCUGUCUGUGGCUACAGUAUCAUAAAUAUUUAUGCUUUUGGUUGUAUUGAACUUUAAAAAGCACACUCAGCAGCUGCUGAGUAAUUUGGUGGCCAGCUUUGUGUUGCUGACCAGGUUGGUCUUCUUUGAGAUGAAAUGCAGCAACAGCCCUGGUAUAUGUAUUUUAGCCAUACUGUCUGAUCAGGAGCUCUUGUGUUGGAGCACAUGGAUGUAAAAUGGAUCAAAUGUAAUAAAGAAUGUAUGAGCACUGGG